AUGCCACCUCCGGUUACCGCACCGACCCAUCCGCCUCCGCCCUCCGAGUCGACGACCACCACCAGACCGCAGCAGCAGCAGCCGCCGCCGCCGCCGCCGCCGCCUCCUCCUCCUUCCGGCGUUGAGUCUGAGGUGCCGCCGAAGAAGCGGAAGCUGGAGGAGGAGGGGUUUCAGCGCUCGCCGUACUACACGAUCAGAGAAACCGUCGCAAAUCUCCGCGGCCGCUUCCUUCAGGUUUGCCAAGGAACUGAUUCAGAAAAGAAAGAUGCUGCUGUUGAGAUCUUGAAUGAGAUGAAGGAUGUGUUAGAAUUAUCCAAGAAAACACGGCUGGAUCUGUCCGCUGCUGCUGAACCUGUGAAACCGUUUGACAAACAUGCAGCUAGAGCUCCUGAGGAUAAGCGUGCUGAGAAAGUUCUGUCUGAAGAGAAGAGUCUAGGUCCUACGACAAGCCUGGCUGGAAAUUUUGUGCACAGUACAGGUGGAGGUGUACCACUCAAGCCUGAUAACUCAGACACCGCAGCACAUGGGUUACUGGUGAAGACUAAAAACCGGGCCAGACCAAGUAAGAUAACAGGUUAUACAAAGCAACAGGGCGCACUCCCUCAAGGUUCUUAUGUCAUCGGUGGAUCCCCUAUUGGCUGGAAUUUCCUUAUGUGGCCUGGAAGCAAAGCAGUCUACUAUGGUUUGACCAAAGCAGAGUGGUUGGCUCGUCAAUCUGCAAAAUGA